AUGGCCCGCACAGCUGGUGAGAUGAACCCCUCUUCUCUUUUUCUCGGCACGCCAACUUACCCCCUGGUAGCAUCUACCGACAACAGCCCCUCCACUGAAGAGUUCCCAUACACCGACACAUACGACAAGGCCUACCUCGCCGACGCUUUCAGUAUGCAGCCCGACUACUCGCUCGACGAAUGGGUCGUUCCGGAUUUCUUUGACCGCCCGGCCGCGAGCAUCGAGUCCCCCAUCGGGUUUGCGACCAAAAGCCAGGCUAUGCUCACUGCGACGCUCCCCGUCGCCGCCGCCCCUGUAGCCCAGCCUCUGGAGUCGCUCUGGCAGAACAAAGCACCCUUCGGCCAGCUGAACAGCUUUGACACAUUCGCGCCGAACAACCUCCCAUUCGGCACCCUCGACACAAACACUUUCUCCCCCUCCCGCAAUACCUCGCCCACGCCCUCGCUUUGCGGUGACGGUUCCCAGGCUAGCUUUGAAGCCCAGCCUACUUCACCGACCACCUCUUUGAAACGCGAGUCGUCCCCCUCGGAGAACACCGAAGAGCCGGAACCCAAACGCGUAGCACGCAAGCGCGGCCGCCCUAGGAUCAACCGUAUCGAGUCUGACCCGACCAACGACACCUCUUACGCCGAUUCGCAAAAGUACCGCAACAGUCGGCGCCUCCCCCAUAACCAAGUCGAGCGCAAGUACCGCGAGGGUCUCAACUCGGAGCUCGAACGCCUCCGCCGCGCGGUCCCCACCCUCCCGCAGCGCGACUCUUCUGACCUAACCGGCCCGCCCAAGCCCAGCAAGGCGACCGUCCUCGCCAGCGCCAUCGACUACAUCAAGUUCAUGGAAGCCGAGCAUGAGAGACUGGCCGAGGAGAACGAGCGCCUUCGCGGUAUUCGACCCAUUCCGUCAGCAAACGCGAACCGGGGACCACGGAGCAAGCUCCAGAAUAUUGGCUGGAAUAAGAACCGCACCAAUUCUUCGACGUCGUCCGCAUCGCUCCAGUCCCUCCAAUGA